UCAAAUUGUCAAAUUUCCCGCGAAACAGUGCAGUGUUGGGUGUAAGAGAUCAACGAAUAGGCCGAAAUGGAAAAGGAAAUGUUUAUCAGGCUUGCGUCGAAAAUGGCGAUUACAUCUUCUAAAAUACUAUGUCAAGCAGAGGAAUAUAUGCGGUUAUCUCAGGUGAAAUGCACGGGCCUAGGCAACAGCACGGCCACUAGCAAAGCAGUCAUAUGCCUAGAACUGGCAGCAACAUCCUUGAAGUUUCCCUUAGACAAGGAAUAUGCAAUCAAAUUAUCUGGGCUGAAUAAGAAGUUGUAUCAAAGCAACCUCCGAUCUAUGGAGUGCAUGCUUGGACUUAACACAAACCUCGGACUCCGAGACCUGGCUGUCCAGUACGGGUGCAUGGAUGCAGUGAAAGUUGCUGGUCAGAUACUUCAGCGAUAUGAGGAGAGUCUGCCUGCUGCUCAACAAGAUCUAGAUCUGGCAAAACCCCUUUUCACAACAGCUGCCUUGUUUACAGCAUGCAAGUGCAUGAAAAUCAAAGUUGACAGAAAGCUGGCGACUUCAUCCGGAGUUAAGAAGGGCGUCUUUGACCGACUUUGUUCUCAGCUGCAGGCCAUAGGACAGCAAGUCUGUAGUAAAGCGUCUCAGUCGAAGGAGCCGGUGAAGAAGGGGCAGAAAAGACAGAAGACUCUAGCAGAGAGCUUUGAGCAGCAGGAGGAAGCAGAGGAGGUCUUGCCAACAUCCCCCAAGCAACGGAGGGAAGAGGAGUCUGAGGCGAGCGUGAAAGAGGAUUACCAAGAAUGGAAAAGGAAAAUCUUAGAAAAUGCGCUCAAGUCAAAGAAAGCGGAUGCUUUAGAAACAAAUUGUAAUUUAUAAUCUCCGACUAUGUUUUGUAUAUUUGUUAUUUGACUGUUCAUAGUUGGCCAUGAAUACUGAGGAAGGACUCAUCGUUCACUCUGCCCCCUUGUGGCUCAAUUGUGGAACAUAUUGGAUAAACAAUUUUUUAUUUUUAUUUUUUUAAACUGUUUUAAUCCUUUACAUUUACAGUAAAGAACAACAAAACGAUGAUGCUGAAAAGAUUGUUGUUAUUCUGGCGCUACAACUACACAAUCUUACAACUUAAGUUGUAAGAUUUUGAAGGUUUGCAUUUUGCGACCAGAUUUUGACGCGCAUCUCACUCUUCCAGACAGAAAUUCAGUUUAAAAUGGCAAAACAUUUAUUUAUGUUAAAUAGGAUGUUUACAAAUGUUUCUCUGUAUUUAGUGACUGAUGGCUGAUGAAAUAUAUUGAACAGAUGGGAAGGCUUUCUACAUUGUUUCAAUGUGCCACAGUUUGUUUUAAAUAAACUCUUUUUUGCA